AUGAUGGAUUCACCAGUAGUCGCCGCAGGAGCAGACGCCGGCUUCGAAGCGGUGGAAUCGGUUGGUGUCUCGGAGGAUAAUGGUCCGGCCGGUGACGGCGGAGAUGAGCUUGAUGGCGCAGUGGCAGUCGCCGCAGACGCGCAGGUUCUUGAACACCCGCAGCGGCUGCGCCGGCGAGGAGCUGCUGAUCAGCCCGAAGGCGACGGCAAUCUUCUCGCUGUGCUGAAACAGGUGCUUCUCCUUGAGCUCGUCCGCCACGUCGUGGAGGGAGGCGCUCAGGUCGGGAACGUACCCCACUCGCCUGAUCUCCGCAGCGAGCUCCCCGAGCUUCGCGUAGAUCUCACCGGAGCGGCGGUGGCGGGUGUCGCCGGCGUGGAACUCGUGGACGCCGCCGGCGACCUCGAUCCAGCUGAGCCCCGCUUCCUUCCUCAGCCUCCUCUCCUUCAUCCUGCUCCUUAUCUCCGCCACCGCGCGCCACCGCCCCGUGGCGGCGUAGAUGUUGGAGAGCAGCACGUAGGCGGCGGGAUCUGCCGGCUCCGCCUGCAAGAUCUUCACCGCCGCUUCUUCUCCCAGCUUGAGGUCUCCGUGGAUCUUGCAGGCCCCGAGCAGAGCUCGCCAAACCAGGGCGCUGGGCUUCACCGGCAUCUCGCGGAUGAAGACGACAGCUCUCUCCAGGAACCCUAA